AUGAACAAAUAUCCAGGCUACCCAGAUAUAAUCGAUGCAUUUGGUCUGCCAAGAUUAUAUGGUUUCAGAUCGAUAGAAAUAGUGAUUGGCAAUAACUCUGCUAUUGGAAUCAAGACUGGCAAUAUUAUACUCGACUUGGUACAGAACAAACAGAUCUAUCUCAAGAAGAUAAAGGUAGCAGCAAAAUGGCUUACGUAUGAAGAUUUCUAUGCUGAUUGUUCAAUUACAGAGAAAGGCAAGCAUGUUGGUACUAGAUCUGAUAUUGAACUCAGUGAGCCUUUGAGGAAUAGAAUAAUUCGAGAUAGUUUUGAAGUGAAGUCAAAGGUUGUUCAUUUUGCUGAUGUAACAAAACUAGUUGUCUUGGUAAUAUCCACAGCAACAAUGUCAUAG